AUAAUCGAGAUUCAAUCGAUUUAUGGUGCGCGGCGGAGCGCGUCUUAGAGCGUGGAUGUUUAGGGCAGUCAUUUAUUCUUUCUUUUCACCUUAAUCGAGGAAAAACGAAGAAAGAAGCGGUCAUGUCUAAGGCUGAUGAAAAUGCGGAUACUGGUGAUACAGGAGAUAAUUCAAAUGGUUCCUCAGCGGAGACCACAUCAUCUAGGGGUGGUGAUUUCGAGACGAAACUUGAAUCAGACAGAAGUAAGAGGUUUGAUUACUUGCUCAAGCAAACUGAAAUAUUUUCUCAUUUUAUGACCAACAAUCAAAAAGAUAAAGCUGGAAGUCCGUUAAAAGUCAAGGCUGGUAGACCUAGAAAACAACCAGAAAAUCUAAAUAAAUCUGAUUCUGGUGAUCAUAGACACCGCAAGACUGAGCAAGAAGAGGAUGAGGAACUCUUGGCGGAGAGCAACGCCAGUGUAGCACCUACAACUCGUUUUGAAUCCUCACCCCAUUAUAUAAAAUCUGGUGAGUUGAGGGAUUAUCAGAUUCGUGGUUUAAAUUGGAUGAUAUCGCUCUAUGAAAAUGGUAUCAAUGGUAUUCUGGCUGAUGAGAUGGGUCUUGGUAAAACUUUACAAACUAUAUCAUUGCUGGGAUAUAUGAAACACUUCAGAAACAUUCCUGGUCCUCAUAUUGUUAUCGUUCCAAAGUCUACAUUAGCCAAUUGGAUGAAUGAGUUUAAAAAGUGGUGUCCUUCCUUAAGAGCAGUUUGUCUGAUUGGUGAUGCAGAAACAAGAAAUACUUUUAUCAGAGACGUUAUGAUGCCAGGCGAGUGGGAUGUCUGUGUUACGUCCUAUGAAAUGGUAAUCAAAGAAAAAUCAGUAUUUAAAAAAUUUAACUGGCGUUACAUGGUAAUAGAUGAGGCUCACAGAAUAAAAAAUGAGAAAUCUAAAUUAUCAGAAAUAUUAAGAGAAUUUAAAACAGCUAAUAGACUUUUAUUAACUGGUACACCACUUCAGAAUAAUUUGCAUGAACUAUGGUCUUUACUUAACUUUUUAUUGCCAGAUGUAUUUAACAGUUCUGAUGAUUUUGAUUCUUGGUUUAAUACAAAUAGUUUCUUAGGUGAUAAUUCUUUAGUGGAAAGAUUGCAUGCAGUAUUAAGGCCAUUCCUUUUAAGACGCUUGAAGUCAGAAGUAGAGAAAGGACUGAAGCCCAAAAAGGAGAUUAAAGUAUACAUUGGUCUUAGUAAAAUGCAGAGAGAAUGGUAUACCAAAGUAUUAAUGAAGGACAUUGAUAUAGUAAAUGGCGCUGGAAAAAUUGAAAAGAUGAGAUUACAAAAUAUUUUAAUGCAGUUACGUAAGUGUUGUAAUCAUCCUUAUCUAUUUGAUGGUGCUGAACCUGGACCACCAUAUACAACAGAUGAACAUCUUGUUUAUAAUUGUGGUAAAAUGGUGAUACUCGAUAAACUAUUGCCUAAAUUACAAGAACAAGAAUCAAGGGUACUAAUAUUUAGUCAAAUGACCAGAAUGCUGGAUAUUUUAGAAGAUUAUUGUCACUGGAGAGGUUUUCAGUAUUGUCGUUUGGAUGGUAAUACGGCACACGAGGAUCGUCAGAGGCAAAUCAAUGAAUAUAAUGCUCCUAAUAGUGAAAAGUUUAUAUUUAUGUUGUCGACGAGAGCAGGCGGAUUGGGUAUAAAUUUAGCGACUGCCGAUGUUGUUAUUAUUUAUGAUUCUGAUUGGAAUCCGCAAAUGGAUUUGCAAGCGAUGGAUCGAGCUCAUCGUAUAGGACAACAAAAGCAAGUACGUGUUUUUAGAUUUAUUACAGAGAACACUGUAGAAGAGAAGAUCGUUGAACGAGCUGAGGUUAAAUUACGAUUGGACAAAUUGGUCAUACAACAAGGUCGAUUGGUCGAUGCAAAACAGACUGCAUUGAACAAGGAUGAAAUGUUAAAUAUGAUUAGACAUGGGGCUAACGAAGUGUUUGCUUCAAAGGAUAGCGCUAUUACCGAUGAAGAUAUAGAUACUAUAUUACAAAAGGGUGAAGCAAAGACCGAAGAAAUGAAACAAAAAUUGGAAAGCUUGGGAGAAUCUUCUUUACGUAAUUUCACCGUCGAUGCACCAACCGAUUCGGUCUAUCAAUUUGAAGGUGAAGAUUAUCGUGAGAAACAAAAGAUAUUAGGGAUUGGUAAUUGGAUAGAACCUCCUAAACGUGAACGUAAAGCCAAUUAUGCGGUUGACGCUUAUUUUAGGGAAGCUUUAAGAGUUUCUGAACCAAAAGCACCAAAAGCUCCUAGACCACCCAAACAACCGAUUGUACAAGAUUUUCAAUUUUUUCCUCCUCGAUUGUUUGAGCUACUCGAUCAAGAGAUAUAUUAUUUCAGACAAACCGUUGGUUAUAAGGUUCCAAAGAAUCCUGAAUUAGGAUCAGACGCGGCUAGGAUACAAAAGGAAGAACAACGUAAGAUAGAUGAGGCUCAGCCAUUAUCGGACGAAGAGGUCGCGGAGAAAGAAAAAUUAUUGACUCAGGGUUUUACCAAUUGGACAAAGAGAGAUUUUAAUCAAUUUAUAAAGGCAAAUGAAAAAUAUGGUCGUGAUGACAUUGAAAAUAUUGCUAAAGAGGUCGAAGGUAAAACACCAGAAGAAGUUAUGGAAUACUCAGCAGUUUUUUGGGAACGUUGCCAUGAGUUACAGGACAUUGAUAGAGUGAUGGCACAAAUAGAAAGGGGCGAGGCCAAAAUACAAAGGCGCGCCGGUAUAAAGAAAGCAUUGGACGCAAAGAUGGCCAGAUAUCGCGCACCGUUUCAUCAAUUGAGGAUAGCUUAUGGUACUAAUAAAGGUAAAAAUUAUACGGAGGAGGAGGAUAGAUUUCUUGUUUGUAUGUUACACAAAUUGGGUUUCGACAAGGAAAACGUUUAUGAGGAAUUAAGAGCUACCGUUAGAUCAGCACCGCAAUUUCGUUUCGAUUGGUUUGUAAAAUCACGUACUGCCUUGGAAUUGCAACGACGAUGUAAUACCUUGAUAACAUUGAUAGAACGUGAAAAUCAAGAAUUGGAAGAGAGAGAAAGGCAAGAGAGAAGGAAGAAGGGUGGCAAUGUAGGUACUAAGCCUGCUUCUAAACGAAAACAAGAAAAUUUACCAGCACCACAAGAUAAACCUCGAAAGAAGAAGAAAUAAUAAGGCGAAUUCGAGUCUUGUAUCAAAAAAAAAUUGGUACAUAUGAUAAGCAACAGUGGGAGAAAACAGUGGAACAAAGAAUUCUUGGUGGAUUUACUAAUGUUCCAAUGAAAACAGCAAAAUUGAAAACAGAAUUUAUAGACGUUGACUUGGUA